CUCUUUCGCUGCUUGUUGCUCUGCCUCUUCCUCCCACUAUUUGAAACUCUCUCGCUCUCUGUGUCUCUCUAAUGGAGCGCUGCUUGGGACGACUGGGGCUGCCGCUCUUAGUUGCGUUUUCAUUCAAUCAGCUGAGUUCGCGGCGUUCGGUCUUUUUAGCUCGCUCCAACAAUUUUCCGUUGUACCGAUCAAAUACUACGCGCUUUCGUACGUGAAGGAAACUGAAACCGCAAAAGUUUUCGAGUUGAAAAAUUCCCUAAAACAACAAGACUCGGCGAGGACGGAAAAUUUGUUAGCAGCUUGUCACCUUCGAAAAGUAUCUGUGUUCUGGACACUGCCGUACACUUGACGAUAGCAGUUCAGCAGAGGCCUACUUAGCUGAAUAAACAUAACACAAAAAACUAAGGGCAGCCACCAGAAAGGAGCUGCCAACUAGCAUUUUACGCCUGUGCGUUUCGUUCGUUCCACGCUUGUGACCCGUAGCCCACGUCCACUUUUGUGGCGUGUGCAACCCGAAGCCGCCAAGACGACUUACUCGAUAAUGAAGAUGAGCUCGCCCAGGAUCAUGCAGCAGAAACGGAGCAGCAAGUCCUCCAACUCGUCAAGGGUCUCGAUGACCACCUCGACGGCGGAGGAGAACCUCCUGGAGUCGAAGCUCUUCAGCUGGAUGCGUCUCUUCCGCUUCGCCUCGCUGCUCUGCCGCGCCGAGUAACGGAGCUAGUCCAUAAGAUCGAGAUCCCCCACGAGAUCCUUCAACCCCAAAAAUAAAAUGUUAGGAGAAAUACAUAUAACAGAUACUCGAACUAGUUGCCGCUUUUCAGUCAAGUUUUCCUAUAUAUAAAAAGAGACACAAAAAGAUAAAACACCAACCUCUUGUCACCUUAACUUUUCCAGCAAUGUAGAGAAUAAGUAUUACAAAAUGAGUAAACAAGGUUACAUCUCUUCUUAUCAGAAAUACCACGUUAAGUUUAAGCUGAAAAGCAAGGAAUAUCCACCCUAAGAAACACAAUGUUUAUUUUAAGCUCCUUUUUGGGAAAUCGAAAACAAUUUUCUUUCUGUUAGCUCUUCACACUUAAGUCAAUUUUUAGUGUAAAUUCCGUCGCAUCGGAAUUUCUCGCGCCUUUCGUACCUUUUGUAUUGUAAUAAGUGAAAAGAUAAAUGAGACACUUACAAAUUGCAAAACUACAAGCUAAUAAAUAUUAAAUCAUAAUCCAUUUAUUGCGUUUAUUCGGGUUUUAUUAGUGCUUAAGUUUCGAGAACAACCGACUACAACAUGAGGUAUAUUUUUGUAUUUACAACACUGUUUUGCGUGUCACAAACAAAUAAAAUAGCAAACAUCAAGAGAAACGUUAAUGCAAGGCUAUUAAAUAGAUAAAUACAUAUAUUACUAAAAACAAAAGCGAGAAAAUGCAGUACUAACAAUAACAAUACAAUGUAUACAUGUAGAGGAAUAUAUUUACACAUCCAACUCGAAUCGGAGUCUAUGCAAAUGCGCUUAUCCAAUACUGAAAACACACACAAAUAUUAAAACUCAUUCACAAUAGUUAAUCCAAGCCCAGCAAUAUGAGAAGUGCAUUUAACCCAAAGAAGUUGCCAAACGACAGUGUUGUUACCACAUUAGCAAUGCAAAAACACAAUAGCGAAAAACGUAUCUAAAAUGAUGUACAACCUCAGAAAGUAAUAAAAAAUAACAAUGAAACGACUACAUCAACAACAAAAUAAACAAAUACAGUUAUCAGAGAUUUUCGAAAUUAAAUUUUAAUUAUUAAUUAGUUAGUAAGCCAGAAUGCAAUCCUGCAACAUGAAAAUAACGGUAAUAACGGUAAAAGCCAAAACAAUGAGAAAACUGUACUAGAACAUAGCAAUAUCACUGCAGCAGAUAAUUGUUGAGAAAAAUGCAAUAAAUCGAUAUCGAUCAAUAAAUAAAGUCUUUAAGCUGUUAAGUGUUCAAUGGAAUAAAAGCAA